AUGUCGAUUAAUUUUUAUUUUACAUUUUUGUUGGUAAGCACAGUAUUGAUCUAUGUUGAUGCAGUAGAUCCUAUCAAAACGUAUUCGAUUCGUAAAGAUUUCUUUACUGGUAUUAAAGGUGGUGAAUUUUCAGUUCGUGAUCCGAGUGGGAAACAUCUUUAUUAUCGCAUUGAAUCUGAAUAUGCCAUAUUACAUACGAUUAAAGUAAUUGCCUAUCCAUCAAAACAAGAAAUUGGUCGAUUGAAAGCUAAUUUAAAACCAAUAUUAUACAAAGCUGACAUUUCAAUUUUGAAUGCUCAAACAAAUCAAUGGACUCAUGGUGUUUUUCAACAAAAUUUACAAAUACUCGGUAGUUCAUUUAAUAUCGAUUGGAAUGGUGAUCAAAUUCGAAUGGAAAGUGAACCGGUCUCAUUUACAUCGAAAUUUUACGAUAAAAACUCAACAUUAUUAGCACAAUUCAGACUAAAACCUGCUUCAGUAUUUUGGACGAAAAAAUAUGACAUGGAAAUAUUUUCAACGAAAUAUCCAGAGCAAAUUUACUUCUUAUCAAUGGCUGCUCGUGAUCAGAUUGUUUCAUCGAAACAUGGAUGA